AUGAAGAAUGAAACUAGCUUUCUUGAGAUGUUGUACUUUUCAAGACUGUUCCUCAAGAGCUGGACAAUAUUAUCAGAUGUUUCUCCAUCUUUAGCCGUAAAAUUCAAUGCAUUGCCAGUAAUGGAAUAUAAUUACUGUCGAGCUUCAUCGUCUGGAAAGUACCUUCUGUUUGAAUGGUCCUUAAAACAGUCACUUUAUAAGUUAUAUGUAGCAGACCAUUGUCAGAAACAAAAUAUAAAACCGCUUUUUGGGAAAUAUUUUUACCAGGCUAUAGAGAUGCGUAACAUUUCUCAAUUUCAUCAAAAAAAAGACGAAUGUGAAAAAUGUGCUGGUUUUAAGGUAGAAACUGUUUACAAAACAGAACAAACGGCACGUCAAAAUAGAAAAAGGGAAGCUAGACAGAAGAAGAAGGAUAAAAAAGAAGAAGCUUAUGAUUGCACUGUAAACUUGCAGGCGGAUUUUUUGGCACCAAAAUCGAAGGUGAGUAAUUUGCACUACAGAACAAAACUACAAGUUCACAACUUAUGCGUCUAUAAUUUAAUCAAUCAUGACGGUUUCUGUUUCCUGUGGAAUAAAACUGAAGGUGCUUUAAAUGCAGAAGAAUUUGCUUCAAUUUGGGUAUAUUUUCUAAAAGAAUCAGUUAUACCAAGUGCUCUACAUGACGGCGCCAAAAUAAUUUUAUACACUGAUGGCUGCAGCUACCAGACUCGUAAUGCGGUUAUGGCAAAUGGUUUGCUAAAUUUAGCUGUCACUAAGAACAUCACUAUUAAACAAAAAUAUUUGGAACCUGGCCAUACUCAAAUGGAAGCAGAUAGUAUGCAUUCUACAAUUGAAAAGCAUGUUCGUGAUAAAAGUCAUCAACAUGCCAGCGAAAUACGUCCAGCACUAUAA